UUGUACGGCGAGCGGCGUUCUGUUUUCUCACUCACGUGGAUUCGUUGUCUUUCAAGGUUGAAGUGACUGUAGACAUGAAAUUAUUCAGAAAACAUAUACUGUCAUUGCUGUAAUAAUGUACAAGUUUUUAGGAUCACCGGUAUUUAAAUUUUACUCUCGUGCGUGUUUAAAACACAGCCUGGUGUCGAGACUGCAGCUGUCAAGAUGUCAAGCGAUGGAGAUGCUUCUGCGGUCAUUUACUGAACAAUCUCAUACGAGUUACAGAUCAUCCAGGUGUGGGGUUUUACAUUUGAGAUGUUACAGCACUGAUCAGCGCCAGGAUAAGGAUCUGUACACAUUAGUGCAACCACAGAAAGAAGAGGAUUUUAUGUUUCUGGACUUUGCUGAACAAGUGGGCAAUGAACAUGAUGAACAACCCAAUCAUCUUCAUAUACACAAACCCACCGCAGAAGCAAAAGUGCAUAAAAAGACGAACACUGACAAGCUUAGAGGACUGGAAGUACAGCUAAGUCAUUUUAAAGAGCCUACAGUGAAGGAAGACUCGUGUAUUGAGUUUCACGAUGAAGGCUUUCCUAUGGAGGUACAAACUAAAUCAAAGAGAGUUAAAAAGCAACAGAAGAUCUAUGGGAGCCCUGAUGUGGAGAUGCCAGUCAGUGACACGUGUUGCUCUGGAUGCGGUGCACUCAUGCACUGCACUGACCCUGACAUCCCAGGUUACUUGCCAAGCGAGAAGUUCAAAGUUCUUGCAGAAGAAAAUAAACUGAAGAAGGCCAUAUGCCAGCGUUGCUACUUGAUCAACCACCACCAGAAGGCUUUGAACGUCACCAUGUCCAAAGAGGAGUACAAAGCUAUAGUGCGGAGAAUUAAAUCUGAGACGGCUUUAGUCCUGUUGAUAGUGGAUCUUCUGGAUGUUCCAGACUCCAUCAUCCCAGAUCUUCCAGAGCUUGUUGGGACUAAUAAGCACAUUGUGAUUUUAGGGAAUAAAAUCGACCUGCUGCCUGGAGAUGCAGAGAAUUAUCUGCAGCGCAUCAAACGUCAGCUGGCGGCCUACUGUGCCAGCAUGGGUAUUCCAAACAAAGAUCCUAAAAACAUCCAUCUUAUUAGUGCCAAAACCGGAUAUGGAAUAGAAAACCUUAUUUCCACACUACAGUCCACCUGGAAGUAUAAGGGUGAUGUUUAUUUGGUUGGCACUGCUAAUGCUGGGAAAUCCACAUUGUUCAAUACGCUGCUAGAGUCUGAUUAUUGCAAAUCCAGAGCUUCGGAUGUCAUCCAUAAAGCUACUAUAUCUCCAUGGCCUGGAACAACAUUAAACCUGCUGAAGUUCCCCAUCAUUAACCCGACCCCCUAUCGUAUGCUGAAAAGGGCGGAGAGACUUAAACAGACGUCUCUUCUGACAGAGGAAGACAUGAACCCUCUGGAACUAAAGAGAAUCAAACAGUUUAGCAAGCAGGGAUACUUGGUCGGUCACAUCGGGAGGACGUUCCGAUCGGAUCAGUCUCAUAAGAAAACUCUUGUGGAGUUUGAUCCUGACAGUCUGAGCUUUGGUGAAGAUCCAGAAGAGGACAAUAAAAAGUUUGUGUCCGUGGAUUCCCACACAGACACAGAAUUCACCUAUAAUGAAAUUAAAGAUGCUCAUUGGUUCUACGACACCCCGGGAAUCAUGAAAGAACGUGAUGUUCUCAAUCUGUUAAAUGACCAAGAGGUGAAGUUGGUGGUACCUACUCAGGCCAUUACUUCAAGAACAUUUAUCUUAAAGCCUGGUAUGGUCUUAUUUUUGGGAGCUUUGGCACGCAUCGAUUAUUUGGAGGGGAAAAACUCAUGCUGGUUAACAGUUGUGGCAUCGUCUCGAGUCCCGGUUCACAUCACAAGUUUGGAUAAAGCUGACGAAAUCUACCAGAAACAUGCUGGGAAUAUUCUUCUUGCGGUCCCAUCAGGUGGCAAGGAGCGCAUGAAGGAAUUUCCACCGCUUAUUGCUCAAGACUUUGAACUCCAGGGGCAGGGCUGCAACACAGCCAUUACUGAUAUCAAACUUUCAUCAGCAGGUUGGGUUGCUGUGACUGCAGCAGAAGGAGAUCAUCUGUUACUGAGAGCUCACGCCCCUGACGAGGCAGGACUGUGUCUGCGCACCCCGCCUUUACUGCCCCACAUCAUCAAUCUGAAAGGAGAACGAAUCAAAAAGACUCCUGCCUACAAGAACAAAAAACCACAGGCGCUGGUGGACACUGGCCUUUCUGCAAGAGCAGCUGAAAGACUCAAAGUUAGAACAAAAAAAAGGAAACAUUGAAAGCACAACGGCCAAAUGCUUGCGCUCUUAAAAAAAAAAGGUGCUAAAAAGGUUCUUCACUUAAUAAUUUUGGUUUAAAGUUUUUUAAUUUACUCUCAUGUUUAUUUGCUUUGCUGAACACAAAAAAAGAUUACUUUGGGUGAACUAUCCCUUUAAAUAACCAUUUCUUUUAUACAUUUUUAUAAUUUAAAGAACCAUGAAUGUGAAGAAACUUUUGUGAAAGGUUCUUCAGAUGUUAAAGGUUCUUAUGGAACCAUUCAGCCAAAAAAUAGUUCUUCUCUGGCAUCAUCAAG